AAUUUCCAGGUAGUUCAUAUUCAGAGUUCAUACUUCUCUAAUUUCCCUCUCCUCUGCAACCUUCUCAUCCAAAAUCCAAUCUUUCCGUCUUCGAAUUUUUUCUUCAAUUAAAUCCUAGAAUUUGAAGAUAAUGGAUUCGCUUUCCCUAUCCCUCUCGACUACCCUAUAUUCUUCCUCACCUUCUCUCAGGCCUUUCCACAAACACUCUUCGACUUCAGUUUCCGUUCCUCUUACUCACAAGUAUCCCAUCGUCCCUUUGAAAUGUUCUCACAGACCCAGUUCCGGAACCCGGGCCCUUAAUUUGAAUUCCAAUGAUUUCAUUACUAGUAGCCCUGAAAAUGCUGGGUUUUGGGCUACUGCGCCACCGCAGACUCCAGCAACGGCCAUGAGGGGGGCUGAGGCUGAUGCAAUGGGGCUUUUGUUUAAGGAAAGGAUUGUAUUUUUGGGUAGUAGUAUUGAUGAUUUUGUGGCUGAUGCUAUUAUUAGUCAGCUAAUGUUGUUGGACGCCCAAGACCACACUAAAGAUAUUCGGCUAUUUAUUAAUUCCACUGGUGGUUCUCUCAGUGCUACAAUGGCUAUCUUUGAUGUUGUGCGACUGGUGAGGGCUGAUGUUUCAACCAUUGCACUCGGUAUUGCAGCAUCAACAGCUUCUAUAAUCCUAGGUGGUGGCACCAAAGGCAAGCGUUUGGCUAUGCCAAAUGCUAGAAUUAUGAUACAUCAGCCACUUGGAGGUGCUAGUGGGCAAGCAAUUGAUGUUGAAAUUCAAGCUAGAGAAAUCAUGCAUAACAAGAACAAUGUAAUAAAGAUUGUGUCUGAUUUCACUGGUCGAUCAGUCGAACAGGUUGAAAAGGAUAUUGACAGGGAUCGUUAUCUCUCACCAAUUGAGGCAGUUGAAUAUGGCAUCAUUGAUGGGGUUAUUGAUAAAGACAGCAUCAUCCCUCUUGUACCACUUCCUGAAAGGGUUAAACCGUCAAUUUUAAAUUAUGAGGAGAUCAGCAAAGAUCCCAGAAAAUUUUUGACACCGGAAAUCCCUGACGACGAAAUAUACUAGUUGUAACUUUACGGGUAAGUUGGAUUUCAUUUAUAUAAUCUUAUGGAUUCACCAGAAGUUUCAUUUCCGUCUAGUCUUUUGUGUUCUCAACAAUAUGAAAUCACUCACAUUCUUGGAAGAAAGAGUGAACUAAUGCUUGCAUCUGUCCAGUUGUUGGAGGAAAUAAUGUUUCUUGUUUGAUGACUUGGCUAAAAGCUGUGGUACUAGUCUUUAUUUUACAAUAAAUUACGAAUCUUCCCUUUUUUUUCUUGCUGUUUGUAUGUUGAUGGUGUAGAAGCAUGAUACAGAUCUCCCGAGGCCUUUUGAUUAGACCCAUCAAAUUCUUAAAGUAUUGCAAAUGGAAGAUACUCUGAAGAUUUUUGUUUACCUGGAAUGUAACAUGCCAAUAUUUGGUGAAUCAAUAUUGUUAUGUGGGUUGUAACAGGGUGGUUAUUUUCGUACUGUAGUGUGGUCGGCAUCAUUGAUUUGUUUGGAAUUCUUUUCUCACCCUUAGAACAAUUUAUAUUGGUGGCUAAGAUGCUUGCAGAAACAUAAUGUGGUUUUUAACUACUAUUGUACGGAUUCUCCUGUUUGUUAUGUUAAGUUCAUUACUCAGAAUAGGGCUAAGUGGAUCAUAGGUGCUUGCGUACUGGAACUUUACAUGUUGAAUGACUACAGAAACUGCUACACUGCUGUCUUUAGUGGUAGUCAAAGUUGGCAUAUUAAAAUACACUCGCUGUGUUGAAAAUACGUCCUGAGAAGGUUAUCGACUGACCCCUGCAGGACAAAACUUGCUUUCAGAUUUUUAAGAAGCUGAGCUGGGCACGUUAUUCUGUAUCAAAGUUGAGAGUUUAACAGUUCAGCGGGUGCUCUGGCUUUAUUUCUGCUGUGUUGACAAAGACAGCACAAUCCUACUUUAAAUGGUGAAGUUUUCAUUGAAGUAAACAGCCGAAUGCAAAUAGCUCCCUUCAAUGUUCGAACUUGCAAAUUGCAAUUCCAGAUGAUGAUAGAUCUUGUAUGGAUGUAUUCUGCUCAUGAUUUAUUUUGUAGAACAUAGAAUAUUUAUGGUCUUGAAAGCUCAUUAUAACUUCAUUUGCUACGUUAAGACCCCUGUAAUGUAAUUCUUGUAAUGCCCGUGUUUUGAAUUUACGUAGUCGUAGAUGCAUCAUUGGUGCAGCCAACGGUUUCUUUUCAAUCAAUCCUUGUAUGAUGUAUAUCCUUUUUGGUCUGAGCUCACGAAACCAGUUGGGACGAUUUCUAAGGGAAGUAUCUGUAGCAAAGGAUUUGGAGUUAACUGGGUCCUUUUGGACUUAGGUGAGGUUCAAGAGAAAAACAUAUUGGGAUAGACAAUUAACUUUAUGUGUUGAUGAUGAUAAAUGAUCAAUGAUUCAAAGGGUUUCGCAAAUCGGGA